CGUGUCCGCCGCGCUGCACCGACCACGACCGCCGCCGACCAGGAUUACUCGAAUUGUGCUCAGUACGCAUACGGCCGCCGCCACAGAUUGUCGUGUUAGCCGAGUCGAGCGACAACAUUCGCACCGCGUCUUUUGCUCUUCAUUUGCGCGCCUACACGAUUUCAAAUCAUAAAAAACUCGCGUUUCGGGAUUUUUUUAUUUUGCUCGCGACCAUAUACCACGCAGACGAUCAUUACCGACCAUGCGGCCGAUUUCCCGCCGUUGACCACGGCGCGAUCAAACUUUACCGCCCCCCUCGAACACCCCCUCCUACUUGACCACCGGGCCGUUUUGAAAAUAUUAUAAUAUUCGUUUCGUUUCGUUUUUUGUAUUUUUAAUUUUUGAUUUUUAAAUUCGCGCACGUCACACAGCCAACGAGAACAACAUGACCGCCAGCAACGGGUUCAUCAUCGGCGACGGUUCUUGGAACCUGCAGAUCUACGUGUCCGAUCUGCAGGUGGAACGGACGCUGCGCGUUAAGGGUGAUCUGCACAUCGGAGGGGUCAUGCUAAGGCUGGUCGAAGAUUUAGAUAUAGCCAUGGACUGGUCAGAUCACGCUCUCUGGUGGCCCAACCGUAACUCGUGGCUCACCAGGACCCGAUCGACGUUGGAUCAGUAUGGAGUGCAAGCGGACGCAAAGCUGCAAUUCACCAGAAUGCACAAAACUGCACGCAUCCAGCUGCCUGACCUCCGGUACGUGGACAUGCGAGUGGACUUCUCCAUAAAAACAUUCAACGCCGUAAUACAGAUAUGCAAAGAGCUAAAUAUCAGACACCCAGAAGAAUUGUCUCUGAGCAAGCCACUAGAACCGUAUCACCUGAAGCACAACAUGAAAGAAAUGCAAUACAACAACGGUCAAACGCCAUCGCCCGAUACCAACUCGUUUGCUGUAAAUCACAGCCCAUCCGGUUCCACCGGCAGUCUGGACAUGACGUCUUCGCCGUUUAUAUGCGCUCCACUGAAAAAUCACUCAACGCCGAUCAGUUCGCCCGUGUCUCAAAAUGGAACUUGGAAAAAAGGAUACAGCAAACCGGAAAUGAAUGGAAACGUAACGUCACUGGAAUUGUUGAACGGAUCCCUCGAUACGUCUUUGGCUAAUAGCCCACUUUCGCUGAAUCAAGAGGUGCGAAACAAAGUUUUGAAACCAAAAUCACUGGUAGAAAAAGCCAGAAUGAAUGUGGCAUGGUUGGAUUCGUCAUUAUCAAUAAUGGAACAAGGUGUCAGGGAAUACGACUUAUUGAAAUUGCGGUUCAAAUUUUAUUCUUUCUAUGAUUUGAAUCCUAGACUAGAUUCUGUACGCAUAAACCAAAUAUACGAACAAGCCAAAUGGAGUUUAUUGAGUGGUGAAAUUGAUUGUACCGAAGAGGAAGCUUUAAUGUUUGCUGCGCUACARGUUCAAAUAAAUCUAAAAGCCAGUGUACCACAACCACUUUUGGAGACAACGGGUGGAGAUGACGAUAUCGAUGCUGCUCUGUCUGAUCUUCAAAUUACGCUUGAAGGGUUCCAGCCACAGAACAAUGUCAAUAAUUUGGCACAUGCGCCGGAGUUGACUGAUUACUUGAGAUUUUUGAAGCCAAAAAAAUUUACGCUGAAAGCGUUUAAACGUUAUUGGUUUACAUGCCGAGAUUUACAUUUGAGGAUGUACAAAACGGCGGAAGACGCCGAAGUCGGUGCACUUCCCGUGCACAGUGUCAGUCUCAAGGGAUGUGAGGUAACUCCGGACGUGAAUAUUUCACAGAACAAGUUUGGUAUAAAGUUGGAAGUGCCCAGUUCAGAUGGCAUGACCGAGAUGUGUAUUAGAUGCGAGAGCGAGGAGCAGUACGCCAAAUGGAUGGCUGCUUGUAGACUGGCGGCCAAAGGGCGCCCGUUGUCCGAUCACUCUUAUGAAUCCGAGGUGAAAUCGAUCAAAGCGUUCCUCGAAAUGCAACAUCCGUCGAUCAUCCAGUCACCCGUCAUUAGCCCGUCCAUGUUGGACAUCUCGGUCGAGGACUACAUACCGCACAGAUUUUCCAGAAAACUCAAGGGAAAGCUGRUCCAGCGUAUACUCGAAGCGCACGCCAACCUCAAGGAAUUGACUUUGAUGGAGGCAAAGAUGAACUACAUCAAAGCGUGGCAGUCGUUGCCCGAGUUCGGAAUCUCACUGUUCGUCGUCAAGUUCAUGGGCCACAAGAAAGAAGAGCUGCUGGGCAUAGCGUACAACCGUUUGAUGCGCAUGGACAUCGCAACCGGCGAUCACAUAAAGACAUGGAGAUAUAACACAAUGAAGGCGUGGAACAUCAACUGGGAGGUCAAACACAUGAUGGUGCAGUUCGAAGAAGGCAACAUAAUAUUCGCCUGCCAGUCGGCCGACUGCAAGGUGAUACACGAGUUCAUCGGCGGUUACAUAUUCUUGUCGAUGCGUUCCAAAGAGGUGAAUCAAACGCUGAACGAGGAGCUGUUCCACAAGCUGACCGGUGGCUGGUCAUAACGUGUCGCAGUGCGCGACGUGGUGUACGGCGAGAUGACUAUUAAUAUUAAUUGUAACGUUCGUCUCGCUCUUACACCUAACCUCAUACGAAACAAUCGAACAAACGAGAUGAAUGCAAAUCGAAAAUGAUGUACAUAUUAUUAUUAUCUCGCAUGAUAUAAUAUUUAUUUAUUUCACCUCCAAAAAUUUAGCUGCUUAUACCGUAAUGCGUGUAGAAGCAGCAAGUUUCAGGGGGAGGAGGGAAUGUGCGACAAAGAGGAGGUCACUGUUUGUUUCCUUGUUUACGUUAUUUUUUUUUUUUUUGUAAAUUAUUAUAACAAAGUGCGUUAAUAUGUUGUUUGCCCAUUUAUUGAUAUAACAUAAUAUUGUUUUAAACGAUUAUAUAAUAUUGUUUAUUUUCGUUGCGUAAUAUUAAAAAAAAAGUAUU